AUGGCAUACGCUGGUUUAGCGUCACAGACCAGCUGCUGCAGGAUUCGCGUGGAAAGUCUUUGGGUUAGCGAAAGAAUGAAUACGGUUACUUCUCCUUCCGUCGAAUUAAGUUCCUAUCGAGAUCAACAUUUUAAGGGUUCCCGUGGUGAGCAAGAAAGACUUCUGCGAACGUCAUCUACUUUGUAUAUUGGGAACCUUUCAUUCUAUACCACAGAAGAACAAAUAUAUGAACUAUUUUCAAAAUGUGGAGAUGUUAAACGAAUAAUUAUGGGAUUGGAUAAAUUCAAAAAGACUCCUUGUGGAUUUUGUUUUGUUGAGUACUAUAGCCGACCAGAUGCAGAAAAUUCAAUGCGGUAUAUCAAUGGCACACGGUUAGAUGACCGUAUCAUUAGAACAGACUGGGAUGCUGGCUUUGUUGAGGGGCGACAAUAUGGAAGAGGAAAGACAGGUGGGCAGGUAAGAGAUGAAUAUAGAACAGACUUUGAUGGUGGACGUGGAGGCUAUGGAAAGAUAAUUCAGCAGAAAGUGUCUACACCUAUUCAAGAUGUUACAGUAUUUAAUCGAUGAUGGGGAUUUAAUGCAAACAGACAAAUUUACAGGAGUUAAGAACCUAAGAUGACAAUCUUCAUGAUUGUGAGAGAGAGUGUGAGGCUUAAUUGUGAUACAGAAUGCAACAUUUUAUUUUUCAUAAUGGGGUAGCGUAGUGGGGACAAGCAAAAAUAUUUCUGAAAUAAAUAUAAUUUAGUUGCAUAUGGAAAUAGAUAAUAAAUUUUAUUUGCUCAUUACUGAAUUGGCAGAUUUAAUUUAAUGAGAAGAUACUUUUUCUUGUUACCCCCACUUCUGGGAUGUGCUAAAUUAUAUCAUACUAUUAAAAUUUCACUUCUUUAGUUACACAGACAUGACCAGCACAGGAAGGUGUGCAAGAUGAUGCUGGUUUGACAUGUAUGUUAUAUUUAGCAAAAUGUGUCACCCCAUACAGCACAAAAUCUCCGUUUUUGCUUGUUUUCUUUUAUUGUAUGCUUGUAUUAUAUGAUUUUAUACCAACAUUAUAUUAUAUAACAGUAAUAAAUCCUUCUGAUAUAAUAAA